AUGUCCGAUUUUAAAAGGCAGUCUCAAGUGCCCGCGAAUGACGCUAGCUACGCGCCGUCUGCUAGAUUUCAAGCUUUGACCAUGAGAGACGGUAUCAGAUAUCGACAGCAUGUGUCAAAAAGAGCAGCUGGCGAUGCACUAUAUGCAGAUAAAACUUCUCUGAAAAAAAAGGAAGUAUUGCCGAAUGAAACUCAGCAUUUGCUGUUUCUUUUCACCUUCUUUCUUUUUGUAUCCAUUGUCAUAAUUGCAUUCGAGAAGAAACUACCUGAACCAUUAACAAUAAACAAAGAAGGCCUAUAUCCUGGAAGAUUUAUAGGAGAAAGAGCUUAUAAUCAUCUUAUAAAUCUUACAUCUAUUGGCCCAAGGAUUGUUGGAAGUUAUGCGAAUGAAGUGUUGGCAAUUAAAUAUUUAACAAACAUUAUUAAUAGUAUAGUUAAGGAUGCUAGUGAAAACCAUAAACUUCUAGUUAAUGUAACCAAGCAUAGUGGAGCAUUUCCUUUGAAAUUCCUUGAUGGAAUGACAAAUGUUUAUAGAAAUGUUCAGAAUGUCAUUGUUAAAAUUGGCCCACAUAGACCUACACAUACUAGCGUGUUACUAAAUUGUCAUUUUGAUACUUUUGCCGAUAGUCCUGGUGGAUCUGAUGAUGGAGCAGGUUGUGCUGUGAUGUUAGAAGUUUUACGUGUAAUUGCCCAUAGUUCAAAAUUGUUAAAGCAUAAUAUUAUAUUUUUAUUUAAUGGUGCUGAAGAAAAUUUAUUACAGGCUUCUCAUGGUUUUAUAACGCAACAUCCAUGGGCUAAGGAAGUACAUGCUUUCAUAAAUUUAGAAGCUUGUGGGGCCGGUGGUCGUGAAUUAUUAUUUCAGGCUGGACCUGACAGUUCUUGGAUGCUUCAGGUGUACUCCAAGUCUGUUCCCUACCCAUAUGCAUCCUCCUUAGCCCAGGAAAUUUUCGAAAGUGGUAUUGUGCCUGGUGACACUGAUUUUCGAAUAUUCAGGGAUUUUGGAAAUGUUUCUGGUCUCGACUUUGCUUGGUCGACCAAUGGUUACGUGUAUCAUACGAAAUUCGACAACAUUGAUCAAAUACCAGUUGGAUCUUUACAGAGGACUGGAGAUAAUAUACUUGCUCUACUACAAGGAAUAGUGUUGGAUAAUUAUUUAUCUGAAGUAAUUCAGGAUAAUGCCGGGAAGCUUGUGUUCUUUGAUUUCCUGGGCACAUUUGUUAUUAGAUGGCCGCAACAUGUGGCUAGUACAAUUAAUGUUAUCAGCAUAGUUGCUGGUGUAUAUUCUAUAUAUCUAAAUACGCAGAGCGCACGAAGAGACGUAAAAAAGUUUAUAUAUUUGAAACAUGUAUUACUUUGUAUUGGAGCAAUAACUGUUUCAUGGCUGGUGUCUAUAAUUUCAUGCACAAUGAUUGCGUUUGUCCUUACCAAGCUUGGUAAAGUUAUGAGUUGGUAUGCAAGACCAGCGUGGUUGUUUUUCUUAUACGUCUGUCCAACAAUUUUCGUAUCAAUGAUGUUUUUCCUACAUGUUGGAUCACGUCAGAAGAAGGAAGUUAAGUCCACAUGGAUUUUGUAUCAAAUAUACUGUGAUGCAUAUUCUAUUAUAUGGAUGCUGAUUCUCUUUUGUUGUGUUGUAUUCGAAAUACGAUCUGGUUUUAUACCGUUGCACUGGGUCGUGUUCCCUACAGUUGGAAAUUUACUCCGAUAUAAUUUCUUUAAUAAGUGGCGAGGCUGGAAAUGGCUACUCUAUUAUUUAGCUACAAUGUUUGUACCCUACAUGCAAUCAUUUUACUUAGUGAUCGGAGCUCUUUAUCUCUUCAUACCCAUAAUGGGACGGUCUGGUAGCAGUAUAAAUUCAGAAGUUGUCAUGGCCAACACAUUGUGUAUACUAUUUUGUCUGCUGCUUAGUUUUACGAAAUAUGAGAUAUUCUAUACUAUUAAUUGCAUGUUAAAUUUUCAGCAUGCACAAAGACAAUAUUACGACAUUAACGGUAAUUUACGGUAUUCUGGAACUGGAUAUUGGAUAGCUGAUUUAGACAUGAAUAGUCCACAUAGCGUAGAAGCUAUGGUCCCUGAAAUAGCAGCUGCAACACCAACUGUGAAGGAUUGUGAACAUGAAUUAUAUUGUGGCCUACCAUAUUUUAUGCCAGUUACAACUUUCUUGUGGAAAACGAGCUGGAUUCCAGGACCUGCGCCCCUCAUUACCAUCCCAACAAAAUUGGAUCUUAUUUCAAAAUCCAUGCGACAAAAUAUCGUCAGUUUUACGUUCAACGUUACAGGUCCAGAUCACAUAAGCAUCAUUUUAUCCCCGUACAAAGGAGUCCAUUUAGAGAAAUGGUCUGUUUUGGAAGGAACAGCGUUGCAAGGACCUAAAUGGAAUGAUAGGGAAACGUAUUUUGUUUAUUAUUCCUGUGCGUCUGACUGUGUUCCUUAUACAUUUACUGUGGAGUUAAAUGUACCCUAUGUGCAAAAGGCACCAUGUUUGUCUGUAGCAUUGGGUGGCCAUUUUCUACAUGGCGAGCAUCAGAAGUCUUUGAGAUUUAAAAGAUUUCUGGCUCAAUUUCCACCUUGGACUGUUGUCACUCCAUGGACAGCAACCUACACUUCGUGGCAAUUCUAAAAUGGCGCCGAAUAAGUAUUCUAUCAUCAAAUGCUGUUGCAUAAAAAAUAGUCAACGGGAGCCUAACCAAAACCGCAGUAUAUUAGUGUAAUUCUCGAUACGAUUC